AUGGUGCUGAAGCUGAGGUCCCGCUUCGAGGGAAAGCUGGGAGACGCCAGCGAGAAAAGGGCUGUGUGGGCGCUGCCUCUGAAGCUCUCUUCUCUAAACUCUGCAAUUUAUGGCGCAGUUGUGCCAGAGAGAAGGCAGGGAUUCGUCUCUGUUCUGAGUGUUGU